AUGGAAGCUACUGAGACCGAGCCAUGGCGGACUUGGCCGGAUUUCACCAUCAAGAUCCAUCGCCUUCCCUCCACUGUUAGUCUGGCUGAACUAUACAACUCUUUCACAAAACAUGGCAACAUUUCACUGCUCGAGAUCGGCGAGGACCGCAAUGGAAACCGAGACGGAUUCGCCUUGAUCCGUUUUGAGCCCCCGCCCCAGCUCAACUUCUGGUCUUCCAGAGCCCACACUAUUAAGUAUGGCCAAGACAAAAGCGCACAGGUUUCUCUCAGUGUCUUCAAGACGCCUCAUCAGAGAUACGAGGGUUUGAGUAAGAGCCCAGCCAACCCCGACAUCUGGUUCAAGUCCAAGAUGUCCUUGCAAGCUGAUCGAUUGGAUUUUGGCUCGCAACUCCAAGAAGAAGAGAUGAUAGUGCUGAGGUCUGUCACGGACAGUGUACGCAUCGACUUCAAUCUCCGGAAAAAAAACCUCACCAUCUAUUUCGAUACUUCCACUCGGGAUCGAGCACAGAAACAUGCGGUCCAAAACCAGGGCGAAAUAGGCGAGGAGGAGUACGACAACUGCGUUACUCACCACAAAUGCAUCGUAGAUUUUUCUCGCCUCAAGGGAGUCAUUCGAGCCAACGAUGGAAACGGCAUGGCAUUGGUCAUACCGCUGGAGCUCCCCCCUAUGUUUUGGACCAAGGCCAACAGAAAAAAGCGUGAGAUGAUGGCCGUAGGGAGGUCUUCGUGGGGUAACCUGGAUAUGUGGGAGCGUCGAACCAUCAUACUCGACGAUGAGCAGCAUACUCGAGAGUUCCCCGUGACUCUGCAAUACGACUUCGACCAGCCGGACUUCAUCAACAUUGGCCGUUGGACCACCUUUCGAUUCAUUAUGAAGAAGGCCGAAAACGCAGUCGACAAUGUACUGGAGGCACUACAGGCCCAUAACGUUGCCACUACAUUCCUGGACCGAUUUGGAGCUGUGCCUUCUCGCUCUGCGCUGCUCAGCACACUUUGCCAACCUACAACUUCAAAGUUCGGCAAGCCGUCCACAAAUCAUUCGCUGUUGUCUCUCGCACCUCUGUCCCUCGCCCCGGCAUCCGAUGAUCUGAAAUUCGAGGUCUUCUAUCAGCUAGAAGUCUGCAUCUCUCGCGGCGUUCUCUCUGAGUAUGCCAUCACUCAGGAGUUCGUCAAUCAGCUACAUCGCAUGGACAAGAACCGAGCAAAGUGGAUGCUUGAAUACUUUGCAGAUCAAGGAGCGAGGGUAUGGAACCCGAUGGAAAUGUUUAAAAAUGAAGAGGCCCGGUUCUUCUUUCCAAAUGCCAGCAUGCCGUACUACUGCACCACUAUUCGGAAAGUCAUCGUCACACCAUCGACCAUGCAUUUCUGCUCCCCAAGUGUAGAAGCAUCGAACAGAGUUCUUCGAAAAUACAGCUCUCAUCAAGACCGCUUCAUCAGGGUCCAAUUCACGGAUGAGCUGUAUAAAGGCAAAAUAUACAAUGACGCCGGUGAUGAGGUCUUCGACAGGAUCUACCGCGCCUUGAAGCGCGGCAUCAAGAUUGGCAAUCGCAUCUACGAAUUCUUGGCCUUUGGAAAUUCGCAGAUUCGGGAGUGCGCGGUUUACUUUUUUUGCCCAACGGACUAUGUUACUUGUGACGAUAUUCGGAAAUGGAUGGGCGAAUUCAACCACAUCAAAAACGUCGCAAAAUAUGCCGCUCGCAUUGGUCAGUGCUUCUCGACAACAAGGGAGAUACGCGGAAUUACUGUUCCUCGCAUCGAACAAGCCAAAGACAUCCAAAGGGGCGAAUACUGUUUCAGCGACGGCGUGGGCAAGAUUUCGAAACUCCUAGCAGAGAUGGUAGUUAACGAGAUGGGCCAGGAAGCAGUCGGCAUACCGUCUGCUUUCCAGUUCCGCAUGGGCGGCUGCAAAGGCAUGCUGGCCGUCUGGCCCGAUGCAAAGGGACUCGAAGUACAUAUUCGACCUUCCCAAGAAAAGUUCAAGGCGCAGUUCAACGGAUUGGAAAUCAUCAAGUCUGCACAGUACUCGGUUGCCACCCUGAACCGACAGACGAUUACUAUUCUUACCACUCUCGGCGUUAAGAGCGAACCCAUCUUGAAGCUUGCCAAACAGCAGAUUCAGAACUACGAGAAGGCCAUGGAUGAUCAGGUUGCGGCUACAGGUCUGCUGGGCAAGUACAUCGACGAGAACAUGACUUCCUUGACGAUCAAGGAUCUCGUCUGCUGGGGUUUCAUGGACAAGGAGGUGCAAGAGCCGUUUGUUCUUACGAUCUUGAACCUCUGGCGAAUCUGGUCCAUGAAGCUGCUAAAGGAGAAGGCUCGGGUGAUUAUUGAACAGAGCGCUUUCCUUCUCGGAUGCCUCGAUGAAACGGGAAUACUGCGAGGUCACUCGAAGGCCACCGAGGGGAAGACCACGCGAAACAUUCAUGACCUUCCCCAGAUAUUCCUGCAGAUUCCGAACUCCGAAGACGGAAAACACUAUUGCGUCACUGGAGUAUGCAUUGUCGGGCGCAAUCCGUCACUUCAUCCCGGUGAUAUCCGAGUUGUGGAAGCGGUCGACGUUCCCACUCUCCAUCACCUCAAGAACGUUGUAGUGUUUCCUAGCAUUGGCGACAGAGAUGUGCCCAGCAUGCUUUCAGGAGGAGACCUGGACGGCGACGACUUUUUUGUGAUCUGGAACCCUGAUCUCAUUCCUCGAGAAUGGCAUCAUCCGCCAAUGAACUACAUCGCGCCGAGGGCCAAGGUGCUGAGGCGCGGGUUCGUCAAAGUAUCUGAUCUAAGAACAUUCUUCGUUCGGUACAUCCAGAACGACUGCCUGGCUUUAGUUGCAACUGCGCAUCUGGCGCUGGCUGACCACUCCAGAGUAGGAGCCAAAGAUCACAGAUGCCUGAAGCUGGCAGAGCUUCAUUCUAAGGCGGUCGACUAUGUCAAAACAGCGGACCCAGCCAAAUUCCCGCCAGACCUACAUCCCAAGGCAUGGCCUCACUUCAUGAAUCGGAGAUGUACCUACAGGUCAUCAAGCGCUCUUGGACAGAUAUAUGACAUGAUUCAAGACCAGUCUCUCAACCCUCUCUACGGAAAUAAAUUCGACACGAGAAUCUUGACCCGUUUCCCUCUCUCAGACGAGAUCCUCCGAAAGGCGCGCAAGGUCAAAACCCAAUACGACACCUCUUUGCGUCGCCUCAUGAGCCAUCGCGACGUCCAGACCGAGUUCGAAGCCUGGACCGGCUUUGUGCUCUCCAAACCACGUGUUGGCAGCGACUACAAGCAGCACGAGGACAUUGGCCGGGAGUCGUCAGCGCUCAAACAACGAUACCGCGAGAUUUGCUACAAGGAGGCUGGCAGCAGGCACUACGACGACUUUGCCCCGUUCGUGGCUGCCAUGUACAAAGUCACCGAGGAACAGGUUAACGCAGCCCUUGCGAAGGAGUACGAAGACGAGGAACACAAGAGACAUUCGAUGCCCCUGACCAGUUUUCCGUGGAUCUUCCACUGGAUCAUGGGCCGUAUUGCCACUGGACACGUCAAGAUCACCCCGACCGUCGACCCUCAGGCCCAGCCCAUGACGAAGAAGUCUUUCCCCAUUCGCCGCGCUGAGGGAGACACAGCACAACAGGAGACUCAGCUGGACGACGGAAGAGUGGUUCACCGGGGCGAGCUCUUGGAGGUGUUUGGGAGCCCCACGAAGGAGGAUGACAACAAGGUCUUACAGCCACCCGAGGGCGUCGAUACUACUGGUGGAGAUGAGAUACAUGUUGAGGAGGAGGAGAGUGCUAUGGAUGCCAUGGACCGACUGAUGAGCGGCGCCAUGGCCUAG